AUGCCUUCUCCCGAUGGAGGCGGCGGGACUCCCCGCUGGGUGAGGGGUUCAGGGGGGAUCCGGCUCAGCCCGAGGCUCGCAGGCUGCGCUGGGAGUUGCGGGAGGUUGGAGCUGUUGCUCCUGCUAACUUCUUGCUUGGCUCUGGCUCUGGCUCCGGCUCCAGCAGCCAGCCAGCUGCACUACUCGGUGCCCGAGGAACUGGAGCACGGAGCCUUCGUGGCCAACAUUGCCGAGGAUCUGGGGCUGGAUGUGGCUAAGCUGUCGGCCAGGCGGUUUCGUAUUGUGUCCCGGGCGGGCAGCAAGCAGCACUUGGAGGUGAACCUGGAGAACGGGAUCCUCUUUGUCAACGAGAAGAUCGAUCGCGAGGAGGUGUGCGAGGCCAGCGGGGCCUGCCUCUUGCACCUGCAGCUGGUCAUCGAGAGCCCGCUGGAGCUGUACCGCAUCGAGGUGGAGGUGCUGGACAUCAACGACAACGCGCCCAGCUUCCCCUGGCAAGAGUAUGUGCUAGAGGUGACGGAGUCGGCGCUGCCCGGUGCCCGCUUCCCCCUGGAGAGCGCGCAGGACCCGGACGUGGGCACCAACUCCCUGCGCACUUACCGGCUCAGCCCCAACGGUUUCUUCUCGCUGGAGGUGCAGACCCGCAGCGAUGGCAGCAAGUUCGCCGAGCUGGUGCUGGAGAGAAGCCUGGAUCGCGAGCAGCAGCGCAGCCACCGGGUCUUGCUGACAGCUUUGGAUGGCGGCAUCCCCGAGCGCUCCGGCACGGCUAGGGUCGUGGUCACGGUGCUGGACGCCAACGACAACGUGCCCGUCUUCGAUCAAUCCUCCUACACGGUGAGUCUUCCGGAAGACGCGCCCAAGGGGACUCUGGUCAUCAGGCUGAACGCCACCGACUUGGACGAGGGAACCAACGGCGAGGUGGAGUACUCGUUCAGCGGGCACGCUCCGCCGAGGGUCCGAGAGCUCUUCAGCGUGGAGCCCCGCAGCGGGCAGGUGCGCCUGAAGGGUCAGCUGGACUAUGAGCGAGCCAACCUGCACGAGCUGUACGUGCAGGCCAAGGACCGCGGCCCCUCUGCCGUCGCGGUCCAUUGUCGGGUCUUGGUGCAUCUCGUGGAUGUCAAUGACAACGCGCCGGAGGUGACCCUCACCUCUGUCUCCACGCCCGUCCUGGAGGACGCGCCUCCGGGCACCGUCAUCGCCGUGAUCAGCGUGCUGGACAGAGACUCCGGGGACAACGGCAAGGUGAGCUGCGAGAUCCCUCUGGACGUGCCCUUCCAGCUGCAGUCCUCCUUCCACAACUACUACACCCUGGUGACUACCGACACCCUGGACCGCGAGGCUGUGCCUGAGUACAACAUCAGCAUCACGGCUCGAGAUCGGGGCAGCCCAGCGCUGGCCACCAGGAAGACGCUGACCGUCCAUGUGUCGGACAUCAACGACAACGCUCCGCGCUUCCUGCAGCCCUCUUACAGCGUCUACGUGAUGGAGAACAACGCGCCCGGGGCGUCCAUUUGCUCGGUCAGCGCCCUGGACCCGGACUGCAAGCAGAACUCCUACUUGUCCUACUCCAUCGCCGACGGGCAGAUCCAGGGCAUGCCCGUGGCCACCUACGUCUCCAUCAACUCGGACAGCGGGCACAUGUACGCGCUGCGCUCGCUGGACUACGAGCAGAUCCGCAACUUCCAGAUCCAAGUGCUGGCUCAGGACGCCGGCUUCCCUCCGCUCAGCAGCAAUGUCACCGUCCACGUCUUCGUGCUGGACCAGAACGACAACGCGCCGGUCAUCGUGGCGCCCGUGCCCCGCAAUGGCUCGCUGGCCGUGGAGGUGGUGCCCCGCUCGGCAGACCCGGGCUACCUGGUGGGGAAGGUCUCCGCCGUCGAUGCGGACGCCGGCCAGAACUCGCGGCUCUCCUACCAGAUUGUGCAGGCGACGGACAGCAGCCUCUUCAGCGUGGCCCUGUACACCGGCGAGAUCCGCACCAUCCGCGCCUUCCUGGAGAAGGACGCGCCCAGGCACCGCCUUCUGGUACAGGUGCGCGACAACGGGCAGCCGCCGCUCUCGGCCUCGGUGUCGCUGCUCCUCUCCGUGGUGGACAGCGUGCCCGAGGUGCUGUCGGACUUCAGCGAGUUCCCGCUGGGGCCCGAGUCCGCCUCUUCCACGCUAACCCUCUACCUGAUUGUGUCCCUGGGCUCGGUCUCCUUCACCUUCCUGGUAGCCAUCGUCAUCCUCACGGCCGUCAAGUGCCACAAGGACCGGCUCACCCUGCAGGACUACAGCUGCUCGCUCCCGCCUUGCGGAGGCGGCGGAGGCGGCGGCAGCUGCUGCUCCUGCGACCCUUCGGGGCCCCCGACGGACAUCUUCAAGAACUCCAACCACAUCCACAACUCCCAGGGCCCGUCGGGCAACAAAGGGGCCACCAACUGUGGGGAGGGCGCGGCUGUGGGGGGCCCUCCUGGCUAUUGCUACAAGGUCUGCCUCACCCCAGAGUCUGCCAAGAGCGACUUCAUGUUCCUGAAGCCCUAUAGCCCGGGCCCUCCCAGGAACAACGAGAAAGUCCCGGACAACUUGCCACCAGCUCCGGGAAAGACGCCCCGCUUGGCCAAUAAUUCUCUGCAGCCCUCCAGCCAGGUGAAACAACCCAAUACAGACUGGCUGCCAUCUAAGCAAUCAACAUUGAAGAGUUCACAGAGCCUAGAGGAUGUAGGGGGAGUUCGUCGAGGAAUCCAGAAGGAACACGACAGGUUGCGCACUUUGGUCACUCCAGUCUCUGAGCUCCAGAAGGCACCUGGUGCCUCAAACAGCGUCUGGACACCUCGGUAUGCUCCUGUGUACUCACAGCACAUGUCCCCUUUGGAUUACCAACACAACGUGUAUAUUCCGGGGACCCCUACUAUGCCUGCCAAUAAGGAUGGGCCUCUGUUUCUGGAUCAGGAAGCCAAAAACAGCUUCUCUACGUUUGGAAAGAGGAAGAAAAUGACCACAUAUUGUGAUAUACAUGACAACAUGGUUAUUAACAAUAACUUGAAAUAA